AUGUUCCGUCUCAGAGCUCACGGCAAGAAACCCAUCACCAUCACCACCACCACCACCACCUCUCUGACCUCCGCAUCCUCUUUCCUCUACUGGUCACCGGAAUCUUCCCCCACCGCCUUCUCUUCCCCGGUCGAAAUGGAUCCAAUCAUCUGGUCCGGUUUACCAAACCACCUCCUCGACCACAUCCUCUCUUUCCUCCCUUUCAAAAACCUCGUCGCUCUCCGAUCAAUCUCAAAGCACCUCCGAUCUCUCAUCCUCUCUCCGACUUACCUCUCCGACCACUCUCUCUCCCUCCCUUCUUUCAUCCUCCUCUCUCACCCUCAGUCUCACCACUCUUUCCCUCUCUUCGACUUCAAUCUCCACUCGUGGCGCACGUUACCACUCCCUCGCUGCCUCUCCGUAUCCUGCGCCUCCUCCUCCCUCCUCUCUUCCUCUCACGGCCUCCUCUGUUUCUCCCUCUUCUCCUCCUCCGCUUCCUCUCUCUCAAUCCUCAACCCCUUAACAAGAUCCUCCAGAUCUGUAAAAUUCCCUUUUUACCCUUUCCCUUACGAGCUUCUCUCCCUCGUCGCUUCCUCCGACGGUUACAAGAUCUUCACACUCUGCUCCUCCUCUUCCUCCGCCGAUUCUAGAUCCGUUUGCCUCUACGACUCCGGCGAACGAACGUGGAGAAAAUUCGGCGGCGUUGAUCAAGUCUUGCCUCGUGGGUUUAACCAAGACGGAGUCUUUUACAAUGGGUCUCUCUAUUUCGCUAGAUGCGAGCCUUUCCUGCUCGUGAGCGUCGAUCUCGGAAACGGGAAAUGGACCACAGCAGCCACCGGAGACGGAGUGUUUCCGGCGGGCGAUGAGAUCACGUUUGCUAGGUUAGUGACUGAUCACGAAAGGAAGAUACUUUACAUGGUGGGAGGAAUUGGGAGCAAUGGGAUUUGUAGGAGUAUCAAGAUUUGGGAAUUUAGAGAGGAAACAGCGAACUGGAUCGAAACUGAAACACUUCCGGAGAUUGUUUGUCGGAAGUUUACUUCGGUGUGUUACCACAAUUACGAGCAUGUGUAUUGUCUUUGGCAUAAGGAGAUGAUUUGUGUUUGUUGCUAUAAUUGGCCUGAGAUUUUGUUCUUUCAUGUUGGGAGAAGAACAUGGCAUUGGGUUCCAAAAUGUCCUUCGUUGCCGGAGAAAUGGAGCUGUGGGUUUCGUUGGUUCUCUUUCCUCCCGAGCUUGUCUGCUUCAGUUUAG